GGGCGCCGCCCGCAGUCGCGCGCCGACUGCCUGCUGUGGGCCCUGCUCGGCUUCUUCCUGCUGGUGGAGGGCUUGGUCCUGUCCACCGCCUUCCUGCCCAGCUUCGACGCGGCCGCUCAGCAGCAGGAACAGGAGCAGCGGCCCCAGCACCCGGCCCCGACCGCCGCGGGCCGCCAGAAAAACGACGACCCGUUCCUUCGUCGACCUCGUGAAAUUGGUUCGCGGCUGUUAAUGGCUGAGGUAGUUUUCACUGGCUUCCCUGCGCAGGUCAACCGCGCGGCCUUGGGCAGGACGGAGGAUGGCACAGCUGCUAACUUCACUUCCCGACAGCCUCGCACCGAACUAACACAGCCGCCGUUCUCUUUUCCCACAGGCACUGAAUCCAGCCCGUCCACGGCCACGGCCGUCCCCGGCCGCCAUGAGGACGGCGAGGGAGGCAAGGACCGAAGGGCCACCACCUCCUCUGUCCUCCUGCACGUCAGCCGUCGCUGGUUGCUCCCUUGA